CGUAACACACUUCCACCAACUUUGAUUUGAAUCUACAAUCUUUAAAAGAUUUUGAAUUGUCCGACAUACUAGUUUUGCUUUCACAAAAAGCGUUUCUCGUGGGAAGGAUUAGGCCUAUAACUGUGUUGAAGAUUCACAAGCAUUCUGUCUUUAGUAAUGACGUAAUUUGACUUCUGCCAUGACGUAUUAAUUCUUUCAGUGUCCGCCAUAUUUACUUUCCACGUUCUACAUGAUCGCUCAACUGACAAUAAUCUACUUUGUGGAAGGCAAACAAUCUGAUUACAGACCCGGGUAGAUUUUAUCCCAGGAUGACGUCACUCAUGAGUUAAUGACCGCUGACCCCGUGAAGUGACAGCGUGAAGUACCAUGUCACUGGACAUUCACUGGACGUACCAACUCAUCGUGAUCGUGUUAAUCGCUUGCUCAGAACAUGUAUUAGGUGUUUGUGUUUUUUCUAUGAGCAAGAGUAUGGCGGUGACUGGUCAGUCACUCGUCUUUAAUUACGAAACCGAGGCGGCCAUUACAUUACGAAUUGCGUUCUGUCUGAACGAUGUUAUAGCGGGCGCCUGUGAACGGCUUAAUACUAAUGACUCGUUGUGUAACGCUACAGACGGGUAUACACUCACGCCAAUCUCCCCUAGCGCUGUCACGCUCCAGAUACGUUCAUUUGAUGCAGCAAAGCAUGCUGGGGUAUGGCGUUUACGGAGAGGGAAACACGAUAUGUCAAAAACGUACAACUUAACAGCCCCUUUUGGAACCGUGGUGAAGAAUUCUCUUAUCAAUCUUGCGAGUGCCCUCCCAUCAUCAACACAGGUUAACUUCAGAGAAAAUUUUCAUGUCAACGUCAUCAUCGGUUGUGCAUUUCCAAGUGUGAAUGUGUUUUGGGUGUUUGGUGACAAUAAAACUCUGACUCCAGUUAUUACCACUGAUGAUACUGGGUGUAAGUCUCCUUUAGUGAAGACCAUUGCUGUUCUUACGAUGAAUGGUGAAUUCAUGACUGGCCCUGUAGAUGUCUAUGUUAAACUGAUUCAUCCAUCGUUUGAGAACGAAGUUCAUGACAAAAAGCUUGGUAGUGUUCUCUUUCCAGUUCACACGGCCGUCGAUGACAGGACCGAGGUCUACUUAGUCUUCUUCGGGUGGCACUUGUGUCACUCUGUUGCCAGUCUAUGUAGAAUAGUUCACACGGCCGUCGAUGACAGGACCGAGGUCUACUUAGUCUUCUCCGGGUGGCACUUGUGUCACUCUGAUGCCAGUCUAUGUAGAAUAGUUCACACGGCCGUCGAUGACAGGACCGAGGUCUACUUAGUCUUCUCCGGGUGGCACUUGUGUCACUCUGAUGCCAGUCUAUGUAGAAUAGUUCACACGGCCGUCGAUGACAGGACCGAGGUCUACUUAGUCUUCUCCGGGUGGCACUUGUGUCACUCUGUUGCCAGUCUAUGUAGAAUAGUUCACACGGCCGUCGAUGACAGGACCGAGGUCUACUUAGUCUUCUCCGGGUGGCACUUGUGUCACUCUGAUGCCAGUCUAUGUAGAAUAGUUCACACGGCCGUCGAUGACAGGACCGAGGUCUACUUAGUCUUCUUCGGGUGGCACUUGUGUCACUCUGUUGCCAGUCUAUGUAGAAUAGUUCACACACGGCCGUCGAUGACAGGACCGAGGUCUACUUAG